AAACUUGCACAGGAUCAAAAGAUGGCGGCGUCGUGCCACGACGUGGACGUGCCGGGGAAGCCGACGGAGACGGGCACGGCGCUGCUGGAGGCGGCGACGGGCGCCAUCCAGGGGUUCGCCCCGAUCAACCAGAUCCACCAGCACCUCUGCGCCUUCCACUUCUACGGGGACGACAUGACGCGGCAGGUGGAGGCGCACCACUUCUGCGCGCACCUCAACGAGGACGUGCGGCAGUGCCUCGUCUUUGACGGGCCCGACGCCGGCGCGCGCCUCAUCGGCGUCGAGUACAUCGUCACCGAGGAGCUGUUCCUCACGCUGCCCGACGAGGAGAAGCCGCUGUGGCACACUCACGAGUUCGAGGUCAAGGGCGGCGUGCUCUUUAUGCCCGGCGUCCCCGGCGUCGUCGAGCGCCGCGACCUCGAGCAGGUGGCAAAGACGUACGGCAAGACCGUCCACUUCUGGCAGGUCGACCGCGGCGACGCCCUCCCGCUCGGCCUCCCGCAGAUCAUGAUGGCGCUCACCCGCGAGGGCCAGCUCCGGCAGGACCUCGCCGACUGUGUGGAGAAGAAGUUCAGCGUGUCGUUCCAGAAGGAGAGGGAGAACCGGGCGUACAUGAGCGGGCCGGCGCACGGCAUCCACCCGCUGGCCAACGCUGCUGGGAAGGGCUUGAAGACGGAGAUCCGUGAGGUCGAUCUUCCGGCUGCCAAUACUGGAGCCAGGAUUUUCACCUGAUCUGCCCUUGGCGUGUUCUCGUACGUGUCCGAGAGAUGGGUGUGUGAUAGCUGGAGAUAGGGUAGUUAAUAAAAUGUCUCCCACCCCUUUGUUUUUCCUCUUGGAAAUGGAGCGAGUGUUCGAAGAAUGAUGGACUUCCGAAUAACAGUCAUAGGCAGUGGCGGA